AUAGUCGUUCCUUGCUACAACGAGGAGACCCGACUUCCACAGCAAGUUUUCCUGGACUUCGUCGACCAGGCAGCGAACAAGGACGUGCUGUUUACUUUCGUCAACGAUGGCAGCAGCGACGGAACUUUACGUGUUCUCCGAGAGCUCGCGGCAAAGCGACCGCAGAGAAUGUCCGUCUUCAACCUGGAGGUCAAUGGUGGCAAGGCGGAAGCCGUUCGCAAGGGCAUGCUUCACGUGCUGCUGUCGAGGAAUUUGACGAGGGAGGACGUGGUUGCCUUCUGGGACGCGGACCUGGCGACGCCGCUCGAGACGAUCCCUCGCUUCAUGCGCAAGUUGGAGGAGAACGAGAAGCUCGAGAUGGUCUUCGGCGCCCGAGUCGCUCUGCUCGGCAGGAACAUCCAGCGGCAGUUCACGCGCCAUUACCUCGGCCGUGUGUUCGCCACCCUCGCGUCCAUCGUGCUGAACCUUCGGAUCUACGACACGCAGUGCGGAGCGAAGAUGUUCCGAGCAACGGAAGACCUGCGAGACGCGCUGUCCUCUCCCUUCACUUCAGGCUGGAUCUUCGACGUCGAGCUCAUCGCCAGGUUCAUCUCGCUGCGAGGAGGAGGAGAAGGAGGAGGGCACAAGCCGCCAUGUGAGGAGGUGAUCUACGAGUAUCCGCUGGAAGAGUGGAGGGACGUGGCAGGCUCGAAGCUCGGCUUCCUCUCUAAGGUGAAGGCGCUCUACGGCUUG